AUACAACACACACACCUCUACUCCCAAACACACACACUGUGCUGUAUACAGAUCCACGAACACACGCACUGUUCUUUACACACCCACACUCUACACCUACACCCACAAACACACACACUGUGCUGA